UUUAUGCAGGUGUAUAAUGUGUACGAAGUAGGUUGAGAGAUUGCUUCAAUCGUAUGUGUGUGUUGGUUGUGUGUUUGGGAAAUAGGGGUUCUAUUUGUGCUUAAUUACCCAAUAUGAUGCCAUUUGGAGUUGUUUUGUUUUAUUUUGUUUUGUUUUUUUUUUUUUUGGGUAAUUUCAACUUCGAGCAAAUUUGUAAUGAGAUUAUUCGGAAUUUCUGGCUAGACGAAUGGUUAAGCGAAUAAAUGCAGUUGAUAUCGAGAAAAGUUGUGAACAUAACAAUAAUCACCGUCAACGUGUUGGCAAGAAGCAACGGAGGAAGCAGUAGAGGAAAGACCCAUGUGAUUGUGCAGGUGUAUAAUGUGUACGAAGAAGGUUGAGAGAUUGCUUCAAUGGUAUGUGUGUUGGUUGUGUUUGGGAAGUAGGGGUUCUAUUUAUGCUUAAUUAUCUAAUAUGAUGCGGUAUGGAGUUGUUAUGUUUUGUUUUGUUUUGUUUUUUCUUUUUUUUUUUAUGUUUUUGGGUAAUUUCAACUUCUAGCAAAUUUUUAAUAUAAAUAUUUGGUGGCAUUUUAGUAUAUUUUAUCCAUCCUUUAACAAGAAUUUUUACUUGGACAAUUUUAAAAUUACGAGUUUUUGAAAUUAGAGAUAUUUUUUUUUUUUUUUUUUUUUUUUUACACUUUUCACCCAUUAUUCUACCCACCGACACAGCUGUUUUCAUUUCGCUUUCAUCCCAAAAAACCUGAAAACCAGUCCAAACCUAAAACCCAGAACCCUAUAAAUGUCUUCUUCGCUCGCUAUUAGCCACGUCCGCCACCUCUCAACAACUGCGGCCGCUGCAACUGACGCCGCCACUGCAACUGACGCCGCCGCAAUCUCCAUCUCCAAGGCCAUAGCAAAACUCAAAACCGAAUUCGACCCAGACAAAGCCCUCGAGAUCUAUUCCUCUGUCUCCCGCCACUACACCUCUCCUCUCUCCACUCGCUUCAUUCAGGAAUUCACCGUUAAGCGCCUUGCGAAGUCUCACCGAUUCUCCGACAUCGAAACCCUAAUCGAGUCCCACAAAAAUGACCCCAAAAUCACCCAAGAACCCUACCUCUCCACCCUCAUUCGAUCGUACGGCAUUGCGGGCAUGUUCGAUCACUCCCUCAAAACAUACAACCAAAUGGAGGAACUGGGCACACCCAGAACUACGACCUCAUUCAAUGCUCUUCUUGCGGCGUGUAACCAAUCGAAGCUAUUCGAUCAAGUACCCCAACUGUUCGAGGAAAUGCCUCAAAAGUUCGGAUUUUCACCUGAUAAAGUCUCUUAUGGUAUAUUGGUCAAGUCUUACUGCCAUUCGGGUUCGACUGAUUUGGCAAUUUCGAGAAUGAAAGAAAUGGAAGAGAAAGGAAUCGAAAUUACAGCAAUCACGUUCACAACAAUAUUGCAUUCUCUGUAUAAGGAGGGGAAGAGUGAUGAGGCUGAGAGAAUUUGGAAUGAGAUGAUGGAAAAAGGGUGUUCGCCUGAUAUCGCGGCAUACAAUGUUCGGAUAAUGCAUGUCCACGGUGGAGAGCCGGAGACUGUGAAGGGUUUGAUUGAGGGUAUAAGCAAUGCAGGGUUAAAACCAGACACCAUUACUUACAAUUAUUUGAUGACUUGUUAUUAUAAGCAUGGGAAGUUGGAAGAAGCUGAGAAGGUUUACCAAGGAAUGAAGGGAAAUGGGUGUCAUCCGAAUGUUUCGACCUUUAGGAUUUUGAUAUAUUAUUUGUGCAAGAAUGGGAAUCAUGAGAAGGGGUAUGAGGUGUUUAAGGACAGUGUGAAGUUUCAUAAGGUUCCCGAUUUCAAUACGUUGAAGCCUUUAGUGCAAGGGUUGGUGAAGAAAUCUAAAAGGAAGGAGGCCGAAGAUUUGAUUCGGACUAUGAAGAAGAAGUUCCCCUCUAACCUUUUGAAUGCUUGGAAGAGACUCGUGGAGGAUCUCGGUUUGGCAGCUGCUGAUUCUUCUGGUGAAAACCAAGAGGAAGGAGGCAAAAGGGUUGGUGAUUUGGUGGAAGGGUCGGUGAAGAAACCGAAAAGGAAGAAGGCCGAAGGGUUGAUUCAGAGUACGAAGGGGUUCCCUUCUAACCUUGUGGAUGCUUGGAAGUGACAGUAGGAGGAUCUUGGUUUGGCAGCUGCUGAUUCUUCUGGUGAAAACCAGUCCUUUUGCAACUAGAGUGAUUCACUUUGCCUGAAUUUUGAGUUUGAGGGAUGAUGUGAUACCGUGAAAUUCAUUCCAGAGCUUCCAUUGAAGGGUACUUAAUGCUUUGAAAGAGGGACAAGACAACAGCUUUGAUUUGUUUUCAUGUUAGUGUUAGUAUUUGACUUGUUGCAUGUAAAUUUUGGUUUCCCUUUGUGCUUCUUUAUCCUUCUUUCUUAGCUAUCCUUUCUGAGUCAAGAUUUGUCAUGCCACUGCUAUUGUCGAUAUGAAUGUUAACAAUAUCAUCCGAUAGAUAUAAUCUGGCCCAAAAAGUAACUCUUGUUCUAUAUUUUCUAUAAUAUGUCUUCUACUUUUUGCGUGA